GUACGAGCGCAAAACAAUGAAAAUUUCAAAAAAACUGGCACCUGAAGGAUUUAUAUGAUGUGGAAGUUAAAUGAAGAUAAAGUCAACUGCGUUAGGAUAAUAUUCUUACAGAUAUUAGUAACGUGCCUGGGUGCAUUUAGUUCGUCGAUGUUAAGUUCUGUUAUUGCUCAACAAUACAAGACCAGUUUCCGGACAUGGUGUCUGCCGUCACACCUGAAAUGGGUCUUCUGUUUGGCUUCUUAAGACGCUGUGCGGAAUAAUCUUAUCGUCAUGAGUUGCUGUUUUACUACAAUUUAUAUCCCCUUUUCACAUUUCGGUGUGUAGAAGUUACUAGAUGGGUAUGCGGUAUGAUGUGUGAGAGAUGUUUUAGAUUAACGAGGAGACAGCAUUUUGAGGAACAUUUCUUCAGAUUCUUGUAAAUGGUACAUAUGUAAAAUACCACUGUUGUUGUACAUGCAUCAUCUGUCGCGAGAAAAAUAAUUUGAUCGCAAAUAAAAGAGGUUAUCUCACAACAAGGGAAACUUUAUGGGAAAAAUUAAAAAACACCCUGGCGCAGCGAGAUUAUCGUGCAGAUUACACUGCCAAUAAUUGCUAGUGUCACAUGACCUAUUGUUUGUUUUCCCGGCUCCGUUCUCCCACCCAUCCACGCUAUGAUAAUAUGUAAGCCUGUCCCCAGCUAGGGAACUGAACAUUACCCUUCACAUGCAAGACAGGCACCGCGAGAUGGUCAACCCUGGCUAAACGUACACCGGGGCUUUCCCUGCUGCAGAUCUCCCUAUUCAUAGCUCUAAUAAGUGGAGUAGAUCUAGCGCGACAGGUAGGAUAUGUCACCUGGUCACGUCAACUCUGGCUGUACCAGGUGUACGAUAGGUGCGUUUUAACCGUGUGAGGAGGAAAGAACGCUAGCGCGUAUCUGAGUCAGAAAAUAAUAGGUCCCGAGUGUCAGGAGAUAGCAAUCAGUGGUGAGACACGGGGCUGCUAACAGCCUAAGAAGGCUGACGAGGAAGAGAAAUGAAAGGCAAUUUGUUAUUGGUUGGUGGAUUCAAGCCACUAUCUGUGUGACGAGGACCAGCUGAGAUCAGUCAUAACGUGGGAUUCACUUCACUCUAUGGUACACUUUACCUCGAACCUUCACAGAGAGAAGACCUCUAGAGCUCUGAGUCUGGGAUAGAGGUUGGAUUUGCAAGUAUUUCUACAAACUGGAAUUGUGUUUAGCUUUUUGAAGAACCAACUCAGGACCAAUUGUUUAUCAGGUUGCUAUGGUAACAAGCCUUUAAAGACACACCAAUGAAACAAACCAAGAUGUCGUCGUCUAACUUGCCCAAACUGAUCAAGUGGAUCAAGCGCCGGAAACAGCCAAAAGUCAGAAUCGCCGCAAACGCCUCCUCAGCAGAAUCAGACUCCAGUCUCUCCCCCCAGCACCCUGCUGGUCUUCAAUCCUCCUUAGUGCCCGAUAUGCUGGACACCCGCCGCUCCUCGUCUCAGCUCCAGAACGACCUGUUGAUGCACAUCUAUGAAGAAAUCCCAGCGCUCUCUAGGGAAACCUUACCUGACUAUCCCGCUGUGGAUGAUAAUAAUAGGCCCCCCUUUCCUGACUUAGACUUCUGCCGUGCCGCGGAGGUAGGUCCGUACUUAGUUGUCCCCAUAGUUGGGAAGCAGGGAGUGUGUGGUCACACAAGGGAGGAUAAUGCUACAUUUCACACCUCCUGCAGCACAACUCCUGAAAAACCAGACAGAACCAGUACAGUAAGCCGCGUGAACAGCGUCUGCCCGCCAGACUUGGAGUUACGGAUGAACAAACAGUGGCUGAGAAUGCGAGAACAGCGUAUGAAGAGAAACAGCAUUGACUCUUGUAAAGAUGAGCAAAAUCACAACCAAAUCACAUAUGAUGCUAAACAAUCACAUAACGAUCAGUGCAAUGAUCGGUUUGUACAAUGUUGCCAUGGUGACGACUCAGAUAUGAUGGAUCUGGGUUGUCAUGGUAUCAGUGAAUCACAGGAGAGUUUAGUUGACAUUAAAAGCGAGGACGCGUUCGAUGAUGAGGAGGAAAUCUACUGCUCCAUCUCCGGGAUGUCAGUAAUGACACUGGGGGAGGAAGAUGGCGGAGGCGCUGUCGCCAUCUUGGAUACUGCACACUUUGACAACUCACAGGAGGUUAACAGGCAGUCCGAGGUGACCCCAACAAUGCUCAAAUCAGACGCUCUGGCGUCCCUACAUGAACUCAUACGUGAGUCUAUUGAGAUUAUUAAUAAACAGAAGAAAAAUAAUACAUCGUUGAAUUCUCAGGGAUCUGCACCGUCUCCAAGGAAACGGUCACCAAGGAAACGCCACCAAAAGUGUGUCAGAGACACAGGUUGUAUGGACAGGGACAGUGUCUCCAGUUCAGACACUGGCAGCACGUACGGCUCUGCAGACAGCAGUGUAUCCUCUGGCUCUGACAGCAUGGAUGCCUACGAAUAUUUCUUGUCCAAAUGUCGCCAGAAUUUAGAGCUGAAACAAGACGUGAUGCGUAUCAUACGCGAAUCUGAGACAGAAACAGACGACGCGCAGUCGGUGUCUACAACAUAUGCAACUUACGCUGCGUCGCAAGCGUCCACGGCGGCCGACACGGUCUCCCUGACGACGGUGACCACUGUGUCAGACAAUUCCACGGACUCCGGACAUUACACAGACUCUCCCCUCUCGGAAUUUGACGACUGCAGCCAUUAUUACGGUGUCAAAGCAAACUCCUGCCAAGAUCAAAGUACGAAAUCAACUACAAAACUUGACACCAAGACGCAUGCGCUCACAAAGACUGUUACAGCCGAUGUGCAUGUCUGUUCUCCUUCCGAGGAAAAUAAAACCCAAAGCAAAAGCAAAGACUCGCGAUCGCAAAUCAAAUCAAACAAGCGUUCUUCCAGGGAUAAGUUGUAUAGCUCUACAAUGGAUAAACUUUCAUGUCGAGCGACAGCGUUUACUCCAAAGACUUUAACGUCGGUAGAGAAGCAGGCAAGAACGCCAUCUAUCGUGGUGUCGAACUCUGUCAUCUACUCAGGCCGAGCAACCUCACAUAACAAACUUCUCCAGGACAUGAUGAGAAUCAACCACGACAGGCAGUUAUUCACUGUGCCUAUCUAGAGAACUUACCAGUGAACAUUAUUCUGGUGCCUACAUGAAGCAGAAACCAUGAUUGAUAGAAAAGACAAAUGCCAGUUGGGGUGUUAGUCGGUAUUUAUGGUGCCCGAAGUUGAAACUCAUGUUGAUGUGCAAUGCCACACGUUGUAUUUUAUGCAUGUUUUAUUACUAGUUAUACCUCACGCUCAAGUGCUGUGUAUGUACUACUUACAGCGGCGAAACUUGUAUACCUGUUAAAUGACAUGGUGAAUUGUUUUUAAAGAGUGGUAUAAUGUUUAUCAGUGUCAAUAAUCAGUGUUGGUUGUUAAGCAGCUAUGAAGAACUGCACAAUGUAGUAAAAAAAAAAAAAAGGUGAACGCCAUCAGAUUAUUUUGAUUCAUACAGCGUUACAGCAGCUAGACUAAAGUAAGGAUAACCUCCAAAGGCGGAGGGAUGUAAUAGUAAGUGUAAUAGCUGAAAAUGUUUCACAAAAAGAUUAAAAUUUGUCGUGUCAAAUCGUCAGAAAUUUUGGAGGAAUCUUGGGCAAAAAUUGCCAAACUAUCCCCCCUUGUUCCCAAGAAGAAUUUCUCAAGAGGGCUGUCUUAUCUACUUAGUUAAACGCCGUCAUUAGGCUAACGUGGUCGGCUAUUAAAUCUGCACGCGUCGGCGUCCAGAAUGCGGAACUUAGUGGACAAAAUAGCAUUGUCCCAGCAAUUAAAAUUAAGAGUCAGAUGCAGAAUGCCGUGACUUGUCUUAGUUAAACUGCCCUGUAUUAUUCAUACUUAGCUCACAAUGUUCCCAGUUUUAAAUUUAUUUAUAUCUAUCUUGCUGUGUCUCACGAAAGGGAGAGCAAAAUUAGAUUAUAAUCACUGUGAAAUUAAAUCAUCAGUUUUACAGAGACAUUCAAAUGGGUUUCAUUUUUCUGUCUGUGUUUGUGGCAGAUUCAAGUUACAGUCUCAGUUCCACAGAACAUUUGGAGGAGAGAUUUGCCACUUUUUCAUCGCUACUUUUAACAUUCAGAAGCAGUUUGCAAUGAUAUUUUAUUUGUGUGAAGUUUGAGGACAUUACUCUUAACUACUGUAUACUCGACAGCUACCUCAGCCUAAGAAUAUAUCGCAAGAAAAAGAAGUCAGCUCUUUUAAAAAACGUAAAUGUAAAAAUCCACUAUGAAUAGUUAAAUUCUCACGUCAAAAAUAAAUACUCUGUGUAUUCUGAAUAUA